AUGUCAUCGCUGUCUCAAUCCCAAAUCUCUUUUCCAUUAGAAACUCGUACCAGUUCCAACAAGAACACCACCAAAACACGACCAUGCAUUACUCGAUUAUACAACAAAAAAACACAUUUCAUCAAUCUUGUUUCCAAACAUACAUUACUACCAAACCUAAGGAAGAAUUGUCCAAUUGAAAAAUGGAAAGCGCGUGACAGCGAUAUCGAAUCAAGUGAAGUUUCUCCUGAAUUCCUCCCAUCAAGUCCUUCACAAGUGCACAUUGUUCAUGAAUUCUAUGAGGCUUUCAAUAAAAAAGACACUGAAACAUUGAAGCAAUUACUUUCUCCUGUUUGUGUCUACCAGGACCUACUUUUCUACUCUGCCUAUGAAGGCCAAGAGAGCAUCAUACACUUUUGGCAAAGCGUGAUGGAUGCAAUGGGUCCAAACAUUCAUGUUUUUGUGGAAGAUGUCAAAGAGACCAACCAUGUUAUGGUCACUGUGUUUAUGCACUUAGUGUGGAAAGAUAAGAAGUUACCCUUCACAAGUGGAUGUAGAUUCUUUACUUUUGAAGAAGUUGAAGGAAAAUUGUUAAUCAGCAAGAUAACUGGCAUGGAGGAAUUUCCAUUAAAACCCGGUGAACUAGUGCUGAAACUUUUAAAAGGAAUUGGCAAUAUUCUGGAUAACUAUCCUCUAGCAGCAGGAGCUAUGCUUGAUUCCCAUGCCUCACAACAAGAUGGGAGAAGUGACACGCAUUUCGAUUUCGAUUUCUUUGGACGGAAACAUUAA